ACUCAAACGCGCUCAAUAUAUUUGCACACUCAUAUGCUCAUACUCCACACCUUCCUUGCCUGGAUGUUGUUGAUGGUAUUUAGAGCAGCCUACUAUCGAUGCACAUCCUUCCUCCUCUGUGUUGCUCUCUUUAAGAAGCUUUGACGGAGCAGAUGAGCGAGGAUCUAUCUCUUUUAUCUCACAGGGAAUAAGUCUCCACUGCUAACCAACCCAGGAAAACCAAGCUCUUAUCACAUUCUUUCUGCAACAAAGCACGCGUAGGCUAAAGAAAGAAAGAACUGGGAAAAAAACGGACACAAUUUUUACAGAGCUAAUUUCAGGUGGUGCUGGUGUGAUUUCCCUGUGAAGGGCAGGAGCUGCCAUGCCAUUUGGCUGUUUGACACUCGGGGAGAAUAAGGAUUACAACAAUCCCUCAGAGGUGACGGAUAAAUAUGACCUUGGACAAAUUGUCAAAUCGGAGGAGUUCUGUGAGAUCUUCAGAGCGAAGGACAAGAACACACUCAAAAUGUUCACCUGUAAAAAGUUUUUGAAAAAGGACGGGAGGAAAGUGAGGAAAGCUGCCAAGAAUGAGAUUCUAAUCUUGAAUAUGGUCAAACAUCAUAACAUCCUCCAGCUGGUUGAUGUCUUUGAAACUAGAAAGGAGUACUUCCUCUUCCUGGAGCUAGCUACAGGCAGAGAGGUCUUUGACUGGAUCUUAGACCAAGGCUACUACUCAGAGAAGGACACCAGCAAUGUUGUCAGACAGGUGUUGGAAGCCGUGGCCUAUUUGCACUCCCAGAGAAUUGUCCACAGGAACCUCAAGCUGGAGAACUUGGUGUACUUCAACCGCCUGAAGCACUCCAAAAUUGUGAUCAGUGACUUCCACCUGGCCAAGCUGGAGAAUGGACUCAUCAAGGACCCCUGUGGAACCCCAGAGUACCUUGCUCCUGAGGUGGUGGGACGUCAGAGGUACGGAAGGCCAGUGGAUUGCUGGGCCAUCGGGGUCAUCAUGUAUAUUCUCCUGUCAGGAAACCCCCCUUUCUAUGACGAAACGGAAGAUGAAGACUAUGAUAAUCACGACAAAAACCUUUUCCGCAAGAUUCUGUCGGGAGACUAUGAGUUUGACUCACCGUACUGGGAUGAUAUAUCUGACUCAGCGAAAAGCCUGGUGUCAUGUCUGAUGGAAGUGGAGCAGGAUCAAAGACUGACUGCACAGGAGGCCAUCAGCCAUGAAUGGAUUUCUGGGAAUGCAGCCUCCAACAAGAACAUCAGGGAUGGAGUGUGUGGGCAAAUUGAAAAGAACUUUGCCAAAGCCAAGUGGAAGAAAGCUGUAAGGGUCACAACCCUGAUGAAGAGGCUUCGAGCUCCAGAACAGAGUGACUCCGGUGCCUCCAGCCCAGUUCCAGGGGCCACCGCUGGACCUGUCACCCCUAGCAACACUCCAGUACCCCCAGCUGAGGGUUCUGAGGGCACCCCUGCCAGCACAGAGGCCUCACUCACCCUCCAGGUUCCCAAUUCACAGAAUGCACCCGCCAUCAUCACUCCUGGUUCCCCCUCCCAGCUCCAGCCCAGCCCGGCUCCUGAGGAGCCAGAGGCUGAGCCCCUGGAACGGUGUAACGGGGACUCAGCAGCACCACUCCAAACACCCCCACAAACACAGGAGGAUCAGAAUGGCUAGACAAAGCAGGACCAGUGUCACCCCACCACACACACCCUGUAAAUAAGGCGCUGGCAUGAUGAUCCAGAAUCUGCUUAACGUCCCGCCCCACUCACCCUCUUGCAGCAUUAGUGCAGCAGCAUCUCACACAGUCUGUUUUAUCUUGAGCCUUUGCUCUGCACCCUGUGAUUGGUUGAGUGAUCUGUCUAUCUUUUGCAUUGUUUCCUCUUACUCUUUUCCCCUCUAGUUUUGUUGAUACGCAUCCUUUUGAAAAAAAAAGACUGUGAGGAAUACAUACUUCUAACAUUUGUUUUGAGCAGGUCUAGUAAAUUUCACACUUUCUCUUCACUUAAUUACUUUUUAUUUGAUAGAAUUCACAAUUCUAUCAAUUUAUCUGUUUGAAUCUGAAUUACACCUUUAGUGAAAUUCUUAGACACCUACAUGUUUGUAAUGGCCAGCCUCUUUGGUUCCUUAAAGGUCAACUUAGAGAGCAAUCUCAAAAUCUGUUUUCUGCUGUACCGUACCCAAUGUUACUGAGAAAUGGUCUGAUAACUGCUUAUAUUCUCUCUGUAUACUCCAGUUUUUUGGAAAGAAGAAGGAAACCUGGUGAGAAAAUCUGUAUGCUUGAUUAUUGAUCCCAAUAAAAUAGUGUAUAGGCCUUUAUGAACAUUUUGCGAAUAGUAGCUCAUGUUGUAUGUAAGUUUAAGAUAGUGUCAAGCCUGUUAAAGUGUGUUAUUUAUGUUUUAAGCAUCUUUUAGCUGAGCUGAAGUGCUGCCAAAGUAUUAUGUACAUCUAUGAACUGAGCAAUAUUUGUAUUGCUGUAUAAAACUGUGACACUUUUCAGAAUUUUAUUUCAUUGUGACUGAUCAGUAUGAUUUAUUUUUCAUAUGCCAUGACCAGCCAAUUCCACCUGAUUGCAUUUCAAAUGACACAUUCUUCAUUUAUUCAAAAAUGUGUUCCUAUGUAGGUAUGGGACAGUAUAAAAUAUUUGAAACAGAUCAUAACUUUUUCACAUUAUUGUUUUUUUCCAUUUAAUUUUGCCCAUGAAUACCUGUAAAACUGAAAAAAAUAAAUCUUAAUUCACUUUGUUUGAUUCAUAUCAUGGGAGCCACCACAAAACAAAGUGUAACAAAUCAAAGCAAUGAUUUAAUCAAUCCUCACACAUUUAAAAGUAUUCUAUAUGGUUAAUGUAUGGUGAAUUAUUUAACAGUAUGCUUUUAUUAUGCAUUUAUUUAGCUAAUGUACUUUUUCUUGUAUUUUGAGUCAUGUCCCAUUUGUAGUCUGUAUUUCUUGACUGUAAUCUAAAAUAAAAUCUAUUGUGAUUCACAA